AUGGCACCCCCGCGCCAGCGCACCGCCGCUAUCGUCGACGACUCGAGGUCCGAAGCCUCCAGCGGUACGCGAGAGCUCAAGACCAGCGCGCCAAAGAGUCGAAAGACUGGCACUGCAGCUAAGGAAAAGGCCUCCGUGACAAGUGCACCCUUAACCACCGAGCAACCCAUCGAAGAACAGCCCAGGGUCCCCUGGUCUGAUCUCCCCCUCGACAUCCUCCACGCCUACCGUCACGUCCACAAACUCCCCACCCCCUCCGCCUUCUCAACCGAUUACUCCCGCCUCAUCCUCUCCCAAGGCGUCGGCCUCCGCUCCCCAACAGCUCUCGCAGCCCGCCGCGCCCAAUCCUCCCGCUCGUCUACCCGUGAGCGCAAUGGCACAACCACACAAGACGCCGAGUCCUCUUCCUCUCUGCACCGCAUCGUCGGCCAAGACCGCGUGAGCAAAGACCAGUUUGCGCUCGUUGUACGGAAGCACUUUAACAGCGCGGGCUUGUCUGAACAAGAGUCUAUUGCGCGGUUCUUGUAUACGGUUCGUGAGGAGCGGAGAGGUCGUCAGUUUAGACUGCGGUUCCAACCUUAA